AUUUUUUACAAAACUUUUAUACACAGACAUGCCUGGGUUAUUAAUUUAUUUGCUGUUCUCUGUAAUAUAAUUCCAAUCAUUUAUUACUGUCAUUCUUUUUUUCCAACUGCCUUCGUGCAACUGUAGUCAGACACAUGGCAAACAGCAUUCUUUACGUUCAUGCUGGUUCUUACCUAAUUGAAGUUUAGCAGACCAGAACGUAUUUUUAUCUGCAAGUUGCCAUUUGCAAAAAGCCAUUAAGGAUAAUCUUACAAAACAUAAGAUCAUGUGAUGCGGUUGCUGGGCAUUAUAUUGGAUUACAGGCGGACCUUCAGAGCCUUUUCUCUUUACAGUGAAGUAGUGCAGCAGCAGCAGCAGCAACAUCAGCAGGGCUGCUUAAUUUAUCUGUAGACAUUUAGAACGACGCGGUGUUUUCAGUCAUGUCACUCACACCUGGGAAGGGAAGAUGUGCCAUGUAUGGAAACUAUAUUUGCCACAUGUUUCAGGGAGGCAGCUGGGCUGACCGAUCCCCUCUUCAUGAGGCUGCUUUCCAAGGACGCCUCCUGUCUCUGAAAACCUUGAUUGCACAGGGUUUCAAUGUGAACCUGCUGACAAUGGACCGUGUGUCGGCUCUCCAUGAGGCCUGUCUCGGUGGCCACGUUGCCUGUGCAAAAGUGCUGCUGGAGAACGGUGCUCAGGUCAAUGCAGUCACCAUUGAUGGGAUCACUCCUCUGUUUAAUGCUUGCUGCAGCGGCAGCGUGGCCUGUGUCAACAUGCUGCUUGAAUUUGGAGCCAAGCCACAGCUCAGGAACCACCUUCCUUCACCCAUUCACGAAGCGGUCAAGAGAGGUCACAGGGAGUGCAUGGAGAUCCUUCUGGCCCAUGAAGUUGACAUUGACCAAGAAGACUUGCAGCAUGGGACCCCGCUCUAUGUGGCUUGUACAUACCAGAGGACAGAUUGUGUCAAAAAGCUUUUGGAGCUAGGAGCCAACGUUAACAUGGGGAAGCGAUCAGACACCCCCCUCCACGCAGCAGCAAGGAAAUCCAAUGUGGAAGUAGUUGUCUUGCUGGCAGACUAUGGUGCUAACCCAAAAUGCAGAAAUGCCGAACUCAAAUGUGCCCUGGAUCUUGCCAUACCCAACAGCAAAGUGGAGCAGGCACUUUUGCUUCGGGAAGGUCCUGCAAGCCUUGCCCAGCUGUGCCGGUUGUGUAUCAGAAAACAUCUGGGUCGGUCGUGUCUAUAUGCAGUCCGCAAGCUGCACCUGCCUGAGCCACUUGAGAACUUUCUCCUUUAUCGAUAAGUCUGUGACUAUCUUUACACUGGAAAAGAAAGAGGAACAAAUGUUUGUUUACUCCAAAAUCAUUAUAUCAAAGAAAAAAACAAACAAAGACAUCAUUUAUUGUCUGCUGCAUACAUCAGAUGCUGUAUGACAAUGCAAAUCGAAAACACCUUUUCACAGAUGGAAUGAUAUGGACAUAGCUCCCUCAUGGUCUAUUGCCACAUCCACUUAUGCCAGCCCAAGAAGCUGUAGUACAUGAACAGCUAGCUCACUUGACAUGUGUUUGUAGAUGCACAUGCACACAUCAACCCACAGACAGAAGUUUCCCCUGUAUUAGUGUAUACUUAUUUAUGUAGUAUCUGUGCACUUUCUUCCUCUUUUCUAUCCAAUCUCACUGUCAAAAUCGAGUUAGUGGCUGUUAUUCUUCUGCUAGCGAGAGAAGGAAAGCCCACAGCACCCAACAUUUGCCAUAUAUAAUAUAUUGCACAUCUUUUCUCAGCUUUGACUUUACAACCUGACAUCUUUUCCCUAUAAUCUAGUGAAGUUGUAGCAACUUCCAGCAGGCUGUGGCUAUGCAACCACCAUACCUCUUCUUGCCUGGAGCCCAGCUGCCCCGAGCACUAACAUCUUGUCCUCUGAAGUUCAAGUGAUGUUACCAAAGCACGUGUGGAUGUUUGAAAUAAGCCCACAAAAAUGUGUGAAAGUCUUAAAAAGCCCUCCAUCUCUUCUAAAAAUAUCCCUCUAAUGCUCUGGAGAUCUGCCUGUGUUUAUUCAUUACAUGAAUAAUUUUUCCUGCUUAAUUCAAGGACGGAACUGCAAAUGUUUUCAUAGGCAUUGUAGAUCAGCUUUGAAUGUCUGUCCUUGGCAAGACAAAGAAAACCAAAUGAGUGAGUUGCUGCUCUUUUAGGCUGCCUAUGCUUUGACAUUUCUCAAGUCCUCAGAGUGUAGAGCAGGACAGAAACAGGGCCUCUAGGGAUAACUGCAUCACUCAUGUUCUCCUUGAUGAAUAUUGCUCACCAAACCUGCCUGCUUUUUCAUCCCCUAGAAUCACUAUUUCUAUGAUUCUACUCUACAGUGUUUCAUUACCUCCCUAGGAGAAGGAAUUUUUAGAGUGUUCUGUCUUUGCCUGUUGUGGUAUUAGUUUAAAUAUCACCAGGGUUAGCAGCCUGGACAGAGUAGAGCUAAAAAUGUAUACUUCUUUAAGGUGAAAAAUGUGGGAUCAAGUGACUGGUACAAUGCCUGUGUGGCUCUGUAAAGGUCUGUUCAUUUGUCCUCUGGUGUUCUGAGGGGAGAAAUGUUUCUUCAGACCUGAGUUGUCAUAAAAUUGUUCUGUGAGAAAGGUCAUGGUGUUUCAGUAGUAAAAGGAAAGUAGAGUUAAAAGGAGAGUCUGUCUCCACUUAGCUCAACUUCACAAGUCCAAGAGGCUGAUGAUGUGUUUUCAGGCUCUGAGAUGUAAUGGCUUUUCAUUAUGAACUAGUAUGCAUGCUGGUACCAAUUUUCACUGACCGUACGUCUUAAGUCAGGGAAAAUGGGGCUGCUGGAGCCUGAAUAUGGGCCUGGAUUCCAUCAGCAUUUUAGUAACUAUCCUUGCUUCAUCAGCAGCCACCGCUCUGGUUAGAUGAAGAGAUUAAUCUCUUAAUUUCCCCAUGAAAGCUUGCCUCUCUGAGAGGUAGGUCUAAUAUUUCCUGUACUCUCUUAUUAUUAAUUCAGCAGAAGUAAGAUAAACUAUGCUCCCAGAAGUUCAGGAGAAUGGACCUACAAUGCUGCAGCGAAAAAUGAAUGUAGUUUUCAGCCUGUGUUUGCACAUAUUGAAUGCUAUCUGAUGGCAAGAGAUAUUGUCCAUAAAGUUGUCAGUGACAUGAAUGACCUUAUAUAGCACAGUAUAUCAUGAAUCUCAGGGAUUCGAACUCUAAAUUCUCGAGAGUCUCUGAAAAUCAAACACUAUCAAGAAAGAAAUGUCUGUAUUAACCUUAUGUCAGCAGAUCUCUCUCAGUCUUAUCUUCACUGCCAGCUCACCUGCUCUGCUUAUAAGGUGGCAGUCAGGACACCAUCUUCUAUCUAGAUAGAGAAACAGAGGCUCAGCUGUGUGGGUUGUCAGACUUGCAUUGCAAUCAAAGCAGCUAAGGCAAUUUAUGUGAUCUAUUUCAGAAUUUGUAAUACUGAAUUUAUUUCCUACUGCAAUACCAGUGAAAACAGUAUUUCACUUGCAGAGGAAUUUAAAUUGAGAAAAUGUAUCUCUAUUAAGGAAAUGCGAAGUCUAUUCAGCCUCUCAGAAAGGUUUAUGGUAAGAAGCAGCAGAAGCUGCUCUAUAUUUAUUGCUGAUACUAGCUUCCAAUCAAAAAAUCAUCUAACCUUUGCUUCUUCCUGGAGACAUCAUUCUUCCCGAAUUUCUGUGUAUCAGACCAUCUGGGAGGGAACAGAGACAUAAGAAAUCGGAAGAGAAGCUCGGAAGUCCUGAUGUUAAGAAAUUUCAUCAGAAACUUCACCUAGACUUUCUUGCUCUAUGUUAAAAGAUUGAGUUCUCAGUGACUGUGCUUUGUGUUGUAACAGUGCAAGGAAUUACUAGUGAGGAAAUAACUGGAGGAGGUAUUUAAUUUUUUUUGCAGCUAUGCCAUAUUAUAUAAGGAUAGGGAAAGACUACGACGGUUUUCUAGGAGACUUCUGAAUCUUGUUGGUGACUUUUAAGAAUGAGUUUGAAAACCAUCUGCCUGGUGUGGAUGCAGCUGCUUUUCCCCAGGAAGGAGAAGGGACAAAUAAUCUCACAAAGUCUCUUUCCUACAAAACAGGUGAUGUCUUCUCAGUCAUUCUAAGAUCAUUGACAGAAACCAAUUGUUUGGCUAAAAUAUGUGUUUGUUGUUUUUUUUUUUUUUUCUGGAAACACAGACAUUUUUCUGUGCUGUAAUAUCCACUCCUAUACCACAUCCCUGGCAGUUCAUCCCCAACAACUGCCACUACUAUCUGCUUUAGUGAAAAGUGCUGCACAUCUCAACAGGAAUGAUUACACAAUAUGCUGGCUAUUGGAAAAGCUUUUCUGAACUAUGAACACUUACUCAUUCUGAGUACAAACACUGACUUGCAGUAUAAAACACAAGCUUGGGCUAUGGAUGGUCUCUAGCCAUAAAGUCCCUGAUCCUGAGUGUAUUUUGCAAGAGUGGCUUAAAUAGGUUACUGAUCUGCAGUAUACACCCAAUAGACUUCCUUUUAUUGAUCUCAAUCUGUUGGGCCACUUUUCAGCUUUCUUACCCAUUUAUUAUGAGAUAUCCAGUGUGGGCUCAGAAAUGCCAGUGAUGAGGACCUCACAAAUGUGAACCUCAUCAGAUGCUGACCUCAAGCUGUCAUUCAUUACUCAGUGUAUGUCUAUCAUUGCUCAUGAUCCAGAGAAAAACAAAAUUAAAUGGUCUUUGUAUCAGCACUGUCUUUAUCUUUAAAAUAAGC